AUGGUACGGCUACAAACAGCGAAGUCUACCGAUCAUGUUUCGGGAAAAUUCAUUGAGCAUACGCUCAAGCUCGUCGAUGACAAGCUUGUGGUGGUUCACGGUGGAAGUAUUUUCACACAAGAGGCAGCGCAGAUCGUCCAACAGCAAGUGGAAAUGUCGACAGAGGGCAUUGCAGCAGAAGUUAUGGAAUAUGUGCAGCAGCUUGUCGAGGGCAAACUAGCUGUAACUUUCUGCGGGAACAGCACCAACCACGAGACGAGAGAGAUUGUAAAGUAUCAAGUGGAUAUGGCGAUGGAAGGCGUCGCAUCUGCAAUAAAGGGUUCAGUGGAGCUGGACCUCAAGAAGGCGAGAGAGUCAACUCGCGAUGAGCUGUUGCGGUGCGCUGAAGAUGUAUAUGGGCCUCUCUACGAACUUGUUCGCGACUUCGUUGCAGAAACAACAACGAACGCAAACCGUCAACUAGAAGAACGCAUCCAGAAAAUGCUUACGCAUACGCAGGCUGAGAUAAAUUUACAAGUGCACCGUCAAGCAGACGCGACAACGGCUAUUCAUGAGCACGUCAAGACGAACUGCGCGCGUAUGGAUAGGCGAAGCCAGCAAAGUAUUGCCGGCCUUAUAAGUGCUAUUGCAAGUCUCGCGAAGAAGAAGGUGAGUAAGUGCAAUAAGGCUUUGCAGAUAAAGGCGCCCCAAAUCAAUCACGACGCGUCGCGAUAA